UGCUCCAGGGCAGGAGCAAUCUGCUCUGGGCCCCCUCUGGGCCCCUCACAUGCCAGUUAUGUAAGUGGCACCAUUUGGAAUCCAGAAGAUAAGCAGGUCCCAAGCACCCAGGUCUGUUCCUCCCCCGUGGCAUGGUGCCUGGCACGGGUAGAGGUACAUAUAAGUCCAGACUUCCUACGUGCUUGCCUGCAGGAGAGAUGCUGCAGCCCCUGGGGGCCAUGGCCUGUGCCCUCCUCUUCAGGCUUCUCCCUCUUAUGGCCCUGGCAGCCUCCUCCCGAGGCAGUCGCCUCGGCCCCACAUCUCCCCUGCGUUAUUCCAGGUUCCUAGAUUCUUCCAAUGUCAUUUUCCUGCGCUGGGACUUUGACCUGGAGGCUGAGAUCAUCACUUUUGAAGUCCAGGUCCGCACAGCGGGCUGGGUGGGCUUGGGGGUCACAGAUCGCUACACCAACGUGGGAGGCGAUCUGGUCGUUGGAGGAGUCUUGCCCGAUGGCAAUGUCUACUUUUCGGAUCAGCACCUGGUGGAUGAAGACACCCUGGGGGAGGACAGCAGCCAGGAUGCUGAGCUGCAGGGGCUAACAGAAGAUGCUGUCUACACCACCAUGCGCUUCUCCCGGCCCUUCCGCUCCUGCGACCCUCACGACCAGGACAUCAAGGGUGCCACCAUGAGGGUGCUGGCCACCUACGGCCUGGAUGACGUUCCCAAGCUGGAUCCGGAGCGCAUUUUUGUCAAGUCCAUCUUCCUGCUACAGAAAAUCCACCCUGAUGAGUAUGAUGUCCCCGAGGACACCAUCAUUCAUGACUUGGAGAUCGCUGACUUCCUGGUUCCAGAGGAGGACACCACGUAUGCCUGCACCUUCCUCCCACUUCCCAUUGUCAGCAAGAAGCACCACAUCUAUAAGUUUGAGCCCAAGCUGAUGGAGCGCAACGAGACAAUGGUGCAUCACAUCCUGCUGUACGCCUGUGGGGGCGCCAGUGUUCUCCCCACGGGCAUCGGCCACUGCUACGGGGCCGACCCCGCCUUCUCCCUCUGCUCGCAGGUCAUCAUGGGCUGGGCCGUCGGGGGCACGAGUUACCAGUUUCCAGAUGAAACGGGCAUCUCUAUUGGGACCCCCCAGGACCCCCAGUGGAUCCGACUGGAGAUUCACUACAGUAAUUUUCACAACCUUGCUGGUGUGUACGACUCCUCGGGGAUUCGCGUAUACUACACUGAACAUCUGCGCAAAUACGACAUGGGAGUCCUCCAUCUGGGCUUCCUGACCGUGCCUGUCCACUUCAUACCCCCGGGCUCCGAGUCCUUCGUGUCCUAUGGGCUGUGUAAGACGGAGAAGUUUGAAGAGAUGAAUGGGGCCCCUGUGCCUGACAUACAGGUAUUUGGCUACCUGCUCCACACCCACCUGGCUGGCCGUGCUCUGGAGGCCCUGCAGUACAGAAAUGGAACACAACUCCAAACAAUCUGCAAAGAUGACUCCUACGACUUCAAUCUGCAGGAGGCUCGAGAUUUACAACAUCCCGUGGUGAUCAAACCGGGCGAUGAACUGCUGGUGAAGUGUCACUACCAGACCCUGGAUCGAGACCUGGUGACUUUUGGGGGCCCCAGCACCAUUAAUGAGAUGUGCCUCAUCUUUCUCUUUUACUAUCCCCGGAACAACAUCUCCAGCUGCCUGGGGCUCUUCGACAUUGUCCAUGUGGCCAACGAGCUGGGGCAGGAGGUGUCAGACCCCUUGGAAGGGAUAAUGGCCAUGAACAAUGUUGAGUGGACCCCAGAGAACAUUAAGAAGGCUGAGAGGAUCUGCAAAGAGACCCAGCAGCUGGUGGUAAUAAAGAACAUUGAUGAGGUGGUGGAAAACACAACAGGCUGGAUUCCGGAAAUCAUCCCUACUCCUCGGGGGCCCUGCUUGGAGUCCUCAGGAGGCAAAGUGGAGCCCCAGGACAAAACCCCCGCGGGCUUCAGGGCUGCCCCAGGGGCCCUCCUGCGCUCUGGCACUGCUGCCCCGAGGCACCUCCCCUUCGCUGCCCUCCUGUUUGGGCAGGGGGCCCUGUCUUGGCUCCUUGCCACCCUGAGUGCUGGAGUCUGAUACUGUCUCCCGAGGUCACAUACCCAGGCCCCUCUCUGCUCACCCUCCCCUUGUCAUCAAGCACAGAAACUCCCCUCUGCUUUGGCUCCCAAAAAGGUCCCCCAUCUGUGCCCCUUCCCAAGACCUAGGCCCCAACACU